CGACAUGCGUUUUCGCGGGAAAAUUAACUUCCGUGUUUACCUUUUUUGUCUUGGAAAUUUAUAAUAAAAUGUCUUGCAUUAUAACAGAAGAAGAUCUUUCAGAUGAAUUUUCGGUUUUUGGCAUUGAACUUGAAGAUGAAGGCGUCAUUGGAAAAUUGCAGGAGAUGUGUACUAUGCACAGACUCGAGGCUUCAGAACUUGUGACUGAAUGGGUGGCUUUCACUCAUUCACUCAAGAAAAAUGUGAAACUAGAAUUUGAUGCAUUGGAGCAGUUUGAAAGGGAGAGAUUAUCUAAAAGGCAUCAGAAAACACCAAAGGCAGUUAAAAAAGAGGCGGCUCCAGUUAUUCAUACUAUUGACAGUCUUCCGAUGGAUGUAGAAGGAGCUGAAGAAUUAUUUAGCUCAUAUGGCGGAAAGACACCAAAAUCAAAGACUGCAGUAUCAAACAAGAGACAGCAUACACCAGAGAAUGUCCCUAUGAAAAGAUUUACUGGACCUAAUCGUAGCCCUGCAGUACCAUUCUCUCCAGCCAGCUUCUCCCCAGCUAGCACUACUCCUGCCAAGAAAUACAACUCUAGAACAAAUCGUGGUGAGGUAAUGGUUAGUGUUGGUAAAACUAACAACAUAAAGUGGCAGGGAUCAGGUCAAAGUGUUCUUAUAGAAGAUUACAAUACUGAACAGAGUAUAUCUAAAGAUAUGAAAUACAUGUUUCAGAAAUUAUCAGAGAAAAGGGAUGUUUUGAAUGACAUUAUAGAAGACAUGGCAGAACAUCUACAGAAAAUUCACAACAUUGAUGAGUUGGUUCACCUUGCCCUACCAACUCAGGAAGAGGUUACGGUAGCUGGCAGGGUUUGUUGUGACAGUCAUGGUAAACUUAACCCAAAGUCUGUUGUAUUAGAAGGCUCUAUUGAUACAUCAUCUGGGAAAACUAUACCUGUAGAUUUAUCACAGCUGAAGGAAUAUGCACUAUUCCCCGGUCAAGUGGUUGCCAUGGCUGGUCAUAAUAGUACUGGACAGAAAUUUGUGGCUAGUAAAUUAUUUGAGAGUGUAACCCUACCAUUACCUGAGAUUCCAGCUAACACGGACACCAAGAAUACAAGGCUAUCAGUAAUGGUAGCCGCUGGACCAUUCUCAACGUCAGACUGUUUGUCGUAUGAACCAUUUACUGAUCUUAUAGAACAAAUACAGCAAACUAGACCAGAUGUCUGUAUUCUAAUGGGUCCAUUUGUAGAUGGUAAAAAUGCAGAGAUAGAGAGUGGUAAAUUGAAAGUCACAUUUGAUGAAAUUUUUAAACAAAAAUUAGAUGAAGUAGCCAUUGUGACAGAAAAUUUAAAUGUCCAGCUGAUUGUAUUGCCCUCACAAAGAGAUAUACAUCAUGAUCCAGUGUACCCCACCCCACCUUAUAAUCUAGAAAAAUCUUACAAGCAUGUACACUUUGCAGCAGAUCCAUGCACACUUAGAAUAAACAACAUUGUGUUUGGCCUUACUUCAACAGAUGUAUUGUUUCACAUGGGAACUGAAGAAAUUUCCUUUCCCCCGGGGUCCAGUGACCGACUUGGUAGGUUAACGCAGCAUCUUCUGAAUCAGCAUAGCUACUACCCGUACUACCCACCACAUGAAGAUAUGUGUAUAGAUUAUGAGAAGUUCUUCACAACAUGUAUUAUGCCUACAACACCUCAUGUCCUGAUAAUACCCUCAGAAUUUAAACAGUUUAUAAAGGAAAUCAAGGGAUGCUGUUGUAUAAACCCAGGCCGUCUUACUAAAGGUUUGACUGGGUCAACAUUUGCAAAGAUUGUUGUUCAAGUAAAUGAACUAGGAAAUAACCAGUCUGUGGUUAAAGAUGUAUCUGCACAAGUGGUUAGGAUUUAGAUGGCUGUAGAUGUUGGUCUUGUAUUUAAGAAGGAAUCACCUGUCAUAUACUAUACAUCAAGACUAUGAACAGCAAAGAAUGUCUGAACUUCAAAACUUACGAUGACCUUCAGUGAAACUAAAAUUAAAUGAAAUUUUAAUGUUUUACAGAAGACACCCUUUAGGAAAGAAUUAGGAAAAAGUGUAAGGAUAUAUUACCAUUUUGUUCUUGAAUGAUUUUAUAUGCUUUGAAAAAGGACAGGUUUAAUCUGCCUCAGGUGACGGUCACACUUACAUGUAGUUAUUAUGUGUGAAUUCUGCUCUGUAUCUUUUGAACCAUUGGAAGGAAAUUAAAAAUCUUUGACAGAAAAAAUACUUAUAUAGACUACAUAAGUAUAAAGUUUUAUUGUUUGAAACUUAAAUCCCCACAGCUUAGAUAUUUUGCAUGUAGCAUUGCUUUGUUGACCUUUAAAAUUGACCUUUGGCCCCAACCAGGGGGUCACUUAGUUUAUGUUGGCUUAUAAACAUAUCUUGAAAUUAUUUUCCAUAUAAAAGCCCAGAUCAUUGAUAGUGACCUGUAGCAUUAAUUUCUAGUCUUCUACAAAAGGUUUAGAAGCCAUGACCCUGAGGUCAAAGUUUGCCCUGCCCUGGGGAUCACAUGCCUUAUGUAUAUUGAUGUAUUAGAAUAAUCUUUUUGUGUGGAAAAUCACAGUGCUUAUAUAUUUGGUAUGUAGCAUUGCCUGGUAGACCUCUAUAGUAGUUUUAUGAACUAUAAAGCUAGGGUCAAAAUGCUCCCACUCUUUGGUUUAUUUAGUAUUAAAAUAAUGAUUAAGAUAAAACAUUUUUUGGUGAAGUUUCAUAAAUGGGCCUCUUCCCUAAUUGAAAGAUUAUUUUUCUCCAUUCAACAAAGUUUCCUUUGGGUGUACGAUGCUCUUGUUGGCUUACCUUGGAUUUCUAGAUUUGUACAAAGUUUUUAAGAUCACUGUUAGGUCUUUGUUAAAAAUUAAUCCUUUUUACAUCAAUUUUGACCAGUUUUAUAAAGUAAUUUUAUUGCAUUUUAUAGUCAAAUUAUCAGUAUAAGAAUUAAAUAUUUGAGAGCCUAUUUUGUACAAUUACUUAAAUUGGUCCUGAUCUAGAUGAUUGCAAAUAUGAUAAUGAAUAAAAAAUAUAAAUUGUUCUUUGUAAAAUGCUUGUUAACAGAACUCGAGUUAUUAUGUCAUAAAUGAUGAUAGGUCUUUAUACUGGCAUUUAUUUGUGUCAGCCUUUUUUUUAAAUGUCUUUUUACUGAAUUCAUAAUAAAUAUAUAGGCUAUAUACUAUUGGUAGCUCAGUUUUGUAUUUUGAUAUUGAAAUGCUAUAAAUUGUUUUAAUGUACCGUUCCAAAUUAAAAGUUGGGCAGAUCCAUUAUAUGAAUUCAGUAGGUUAAUGAGGGUUUGAUAAUAAGAAUAUGAUGCUUCACAUACAGAUUUAAAUAUACUGUCUUAAAACAUUGUUAUUUAUGGGAGAUAUUUCCAAUGGACAAUGAGCUUAAUACCUAUUAUUGAGAAUAUCAAUGGUUAAGUCCAAAAUUCAUGGUAUCGGAGCUAAAUUUUUACAUUCUAAUUAUCCCCCGCCGAUGGAAUCGGGAGGGGGAUAUAGUUUUGGCGUUGUAUGGAGUAAAAAUCGUUUCCGCGCUACUUCUCUGCAACUACUGGCUGGAAUUCAACGAAACUUUAUUGGAACCUUCAAUACCAAGAGGAGAUGCGUAUAUCGUCGGCUUGUUCCGGUCAGACACUUUAACUCAGAGUUAUGGCCCUUGAUUAGUUAUGCAGUAUCCAUAUAGAAAAAUAUUUGUUUCUUCGCUACUUCUCUGCUUCUACUGGCUGGAAUUCAAUGAAACUUUAUGGGAUACUAAGAGGAGAUGUGCAUAUAGUCGCCUUGUUCCUGGUCAGAUACUUAUAUCUCAGAUUUAUGGCCCUUGAUUAGUUAUGUAGUAUGCAUACAUCUCAUUGGCAUUUCCAGAUUUUACUAUUUAACACAAAGUUAUGGCCCUGAAUAUUUAUCAAGUUCAAAGAAUAUUACUGUUUAUGCCAUGAUUAAUAUAUAAAUAAAGCCUUAUGUCUUCAGUUGCUGUGUUAAUAAUAACCAGUACUCGGCGGGGGAUAUAAAUUCAACGAAUUUGCUUGUUAACAUUUGCCGUUCAUUAGCAAAUCUAUUAUAUAGCAACAAAAUGUAUUGACAACUGAUGAAAUUGAUGGAAUGUAUUGUUAUUUAUGAAUGUACCACUAUAGGUUAUAAAGAUAUUACAAACUUAU